AUGUCAACCAAACAUACGAAAAAACCUGAGCUCGCGCCUCACGCUCCAGACGGCGAGGAGUUUUAUCGGGCAAAGGCAAAUUCUAUGGUACGCCAGCUGGCUGCCCUAAAUUUAUUUCUAACAGAGGAGCAGUUGGCCAAAUUCGACGAAAGUGAGUUGCAGGUGCGGUUGGAUUUAAUCGAGCGCAUGUACUCUGAUUUCGAUAGCUCUCGACUUAACCUCGAACGGCUUGUGAUCGAGGAGCUGGAGUCGGAUGCGCGCUUAACCUUUACCACGGCAUAUUGUGAGACGAAAGGAAGGAUCUGCCGCCAUCUCAAUAGUGAAAAGAGAAAGUCGUUGGCAAAUUCAACUGAGCUGCAUGGCAUCCUCGGUGGCCACACUGCCGCCUUCAAGUGCAACUCGCGGCCCACCAGGCUACCGGAAUUUCAGCUUCCGCGAUUUGGCGGAGCAUACAUCGAUUGGCCGGAUUUCUUCGCCAUGUUCAACACGGUAGUGGGAAAGAACGAAGACCUAACAAAGGUGGAAAAAUUCCAGCAUCUUCGUGCAUGUUUGGACGGCAUAGCGCUGGAUGCAAUUCGCUCUCUAGAGCCCACGGAAAAUAAUUACGACAGGGCUUUGGAAUUAUUAACCUCGAGAUUUGAUAAUAAAUUAUUGCACUUUCAGGCUCAUGUUCGGUCUUUAUUCAAGCUACCAGGGGUGGAGAAGGGAUCCGCAAGUAGCCUGCGGCAGUUGAGCGACAAGGCAAAUUCUCAUUUGCGCGCCCUGGCUACUAUGGCCUCUACGAAGGAAAUCUAUGACGGCCUUUUAAUCCAUCUCAUCGUUUCAAAACUGGACAUUCAGACCCAGGAGAGGUGGGAAGAAGGGUUGCCUUCCAAGGAGCUGCCAAAUUGGGAUAAAUUCUCAUCGUUUUUGGAUCUUAGAUGCCGCAUGAUGGAAAAUUUGGAAUACGCUAUGAAAACCCAGAUGAUAUUAGUGUUCUUACGCCUGCACACUUUCUCAUUGGAUCUACAUUCACCGCAAUGGAUGAGCCUGAUGUCACCCAUCUGAACAUCGACCGCUUGAGCCGGUGGCAGCGUGUAUGCCAAAUGCAGCAAACCUUCUGGCGCAAAUGGAGCGCCGACUACCUUUCGCUGCUGCAGGAGCGGACCAAAUGGCGCCUUCCUGUGAGCAACAUACAGGCAGGAAGCAUGGUCCUCAUCAAGGAGGACAACAUACCCCCUUUGCGGUGGCGCCUCGGCAGGAUCGAGAGCACCAUCUCCGGAGAGGAUGGCGUCGAACGAGUUGCAGUCAUCCGAACCGACUCUGGACUAUGCAAGCGGGCAAUGAG